UUACGUUGCGUCAUCGAAUUUCAAUCGAAAGCAGCAGAUAAAAUAUGCUCCCUGUUCAUGCAGCACCAGGUCUGGAACAUUGGCGAUUGGAAUGACGGGCAUUGUUUAUGGAAUCCUGGUGAUAGCAGUAUCAGUUAUUAGCCUGUCAACCGGUUAUGAUUAUGAUGAAAACGACACGUACAAGGAAAAUUUAUUCAAAAAUCUGCAAUAUACUGCGAUGGGCAUGGGUGUGUUGUUCAUCAUAUCCUCCUGCUUGCUCGUCCACGGAGUUCAAAAGGAAAACAGAUUUUUCCAAAUUCCAUGGCUCGUUUGCACGGGGUUGCAAAUCGUCGAAAUUUUCAUCGGUGCCGUGAUGACGUUUGUGUCGCUGAAUGUGACAGCUUCUAUGAUUUUUGCACUGGUCCUGAAUAUGAUUGUUGGAGCCGGAUUUUGCUAUUGUUUCUUCGUCGUCUACCAGCAUUAUCAACUUCUUAUAUUCUUGGCCAAGCCCGAAGCAUUGCGCUUCGUAAUUACGGCGUUGGUCUUGAUCCUCGGCUCGACGUCGGGUGCGACAUCUUUUAGGGUCGCGGACAUUCGGUACGGUGCAAACGUUGAACAUCUCCUGGUUGCGCUUCGGAAGGGAGCCUGGGAACCAAACCUGGGUUUGGUUAAACCUGGGUUUGGUUCUCAGGCUCUGGGGGAAUGUGUUUCAGAAGAUUAUUGCCAAUUCAGACUGGCGUCGUCUAUGUAG